AAGGGGCCAAUCAGUAAUUUCACAAUUUCUUUUAAAACCCGAAACCCUAACCCCAUUUGAAGCCUCUGUCUGUAUCCCUUCCUCUCAUUGACGGCGUUUUUGCUUCAAGCUUUUUGAUUUUUUGAGGAUGGUGAGGGUCAGCGUUUUGAAUGACGCUCUAAAGAGCAUGUACAAUGCCGAGAAGAGGGGGAAGAGACAGGUCAUGAUUAGGCCUUCUUCAAAAGUUAUCAUCAAGUUUCUUAUGGUCAUGCAAAAGCAUGGUUAUAUUGGUGAGUUUGAGUAUGUUGAUGACCACCGAUCAGGAAAGAUUGUUGUUGAACUGAACGGACGUUUGAACAAAUGCGGAGUCAUUAGUCCCCGAUUUGAUGUUGGUGUCAAGGAAAUUGAGCCCUGGACCGCUAGACUUCUUCCUUCAAGACAGUUUGGGUACAUUGUUUUGACAACAUCCGCUGGAAUUAUGGAUCAUGAAGAAGCUAGGAGGAAGAAUGUUGGCGGUAAGGUGCUUGGGUUUUUCUACUAAAUCUCGAUAAUCGAUGCUAUAUUAGAGCUCGGGUUUAGGCUUGGCUCAGAAGAAGUUUUAUUUUCGAGUUUGGAUUUUUGUUAAGGCAAUGUUAUGGUUUUUGUUUGAAUUAUCUUUGAAGUUGUCAUGUUGUGGACAUUUUACUUAGGUUUUUCUGGAUCAACUUUGUCACCUUUAAUGUUAAAAACAUUUUGUUUACUCAUUGAUUUACAAUUUUUUCA